UGGUCCAGAUUGUGAGCUGAAACACCUCUCACAACUAAAGCAUCAGACAGAAGGACUUGAACUGUACAGUGACAAAUCUGGAUCUUGUGAUGGACUUGCCUGUGCUCGCCUCUUCAUCAACGAAACAACAUUUGCGCGCAAAGACUCAUCUGCAUGCUAUUCCUCUCCAUGCGUGUCAAUAUGUUUUAAUUCGCGCUGCAUACAUUUAAUCCACCUCGGACAUAUUUAAUCUUUCGGCGGACCGCUCAGAUGUACACUGACUGGACACAAAUGUUCGUGGCUGGACCUUUCGCAUCUCAAGGCUCAAUUCAUCAACACUUGUGGUCACUUCAGUUUUCCUCACGACCCCAACAUUUCGGCUUUACAAGCUGCUGCACCUUCACUGAUAGGAUCAACUCACGACUGCAUCACCUCAAUGAGGUUGCUCAGCCAUGCAAUGUUCCUGGAAGGCUGUGAUUCUGACUGCCCUGGCGUCCUUAGCAAUCCAGUACACGGCGAUCAGGACCUUCACUGCCAAGCCUUUCCACAUGUGCCCCAUGCGCAUGAUGACCCCUCUGAACUGUGGCCUGUUGGUCGGCAGCGGGCAGGACGGCAGCGGCGAGCCCUUUGGAGAGCACAUGUGUGACGAGUACCCCUACUUCACCUACAACUUCACCUCCCGCAAGACGCACGUGCUCAUCCUGGCCACCACGCGCAGCGGCUCCUCCUUCGUGGGCCAGCUCUUCAACCAGCACGCCGACAUCUUCUACCUGUUCGAGCCGCUCUACCACGUCAUGAUCACGCUCAUCCCCCGGCCGCCGCACGGCCGCAGCAUGGACGACCGGCACGUGAUGCUGGGCGCCAGCCGCGACCUGCUGCGCAGCCUCUACAACUGUGACCUGUACUUCCUGGAGAGCUACAUCAAGCCCAUGCCCACCAACCACACCACGGACAAGCUCUUCCGGCGCGGCGCCAGCCGAGCGCUCUGCUCGCCGCCCGCCUGUGACGCCUACGGCUCCGCCUCCGGCGCCGGCGAGGCCAACAUCGAGGAGGGCGACUGCAUGCGCAAGUGCGGCACCCUCAACCUGACGCUGGCGUCCGAGGGCUGCCGGGAGCACCGGCACGUGGUCAUCAAGACGGUGCGUGUGCCGGAGGUGGGUGACCUGCGGGCGCUGGUGGAGGACCCCCGGCUCAACCUGAAGGUCAUCCAGCUGGUGAGGGACCCGCGCGGCAUCCUCUCCUCCAGGAUCGAGACCUUCAGGGACACCUACAGGCUGUGGAGGAUCUGGAGAGCCACCGGCAGGAAGCCCUACAACCUGGACCUCACACAGCUCACGGCGGUCUGCGACGACUUCCUCGGCUCCGUGGGCACGGCCAUGAACCACCCGGCAUGGCUGAGGGGACGUUACAUGCUGGUGAGGUACGAGGACCUGGCCCUCAGUCCCAUGCAGAAGACCAAGGAGAUGUACGACUUCCUGGGGCUGUCCAUGGACAGGAACGUGGAGGACUGGAUCCUGAACAGCACCCGGGGAGGCAAUGUCAAGCAUAAGUUCGGCACUGCCAGGGACUCGGCGGCCAAUGCCGAGAGCUGGAGGCUGAAGUUGUCUUACGACAUCGUCGAUUACGUUCAAACUGUGUGUCAGCAGACUUUGCAGGAGCUGGGCUACAAGAUGGUCAGGUCCGCUGAGGAGCUGAAAAACAUGUCUCUGUCGCUUAUCGAGGACAAAACAUUUGUACCUUUUUUGUAACAAAGGUAAAUGAUUGCACAAUUAUUUUUGAUACCGACGCUUAAUAUUGUUGCCUUAAAUUGAUUCACAUUUGCACUAAAAAAUCCGGGAGGGCCCUUUUUUGGGGGCUCUGCUAUGCCGAGGUUUUCAACAGCACAAUGGAGUUAAGUUAACUCUGGUACGUACGCCUGUGAAAGGGAGUUUUUACAAAAAAAUGACCAAUUUGUGACUACUGACAGAUGGCCAACUUUUUUUGUUGAGUUGAUGUGAUGAUAGAUCAGAUUACAGAACCAAGAAACAUCAUCUCACUGAAACCUACUUCCCAUAUUUAACUUAAUGGGUGUAUUACAUACUAGGUGAAUUAAACGAGAACAUUUUUUGUAUGCUGGCUGUUGAAUGUUGAUAUUAUUGUAUAUUUCCGUCCGGAAAUAGCUGGACAGAUGCUGGACUCCAGUGUCGAGGUGUAUGAUGAUUAAAAAAAAAAAAAGUGCAAUAAAAACAUGAAUGUUG